ACCCCCACCCCUGGCUUUUGAGGCCAGGAAGGGGGCAGAACGGCUCUUGCAGCAGGGGGCGGCGGCAGCGCGUCCCUGAGGGGUGGGAACCACCCACCAUAGGGCUGUCCUCCCGGGCCUCGGCUGGGGGUACCUUGAACAUAACAGGAAAUUUCAAACAACAGGAAACCAAGACUGGGCAAGGCAGGCGGCUCCACCCUGCCCCGGGCGCGCCACCCCGGGCGUCAGUCUGCCCCGGGGGACGCCAUGAACACCACCGGGGCCCCCGCGGAGGCCCCCGAGGCCUGCCAGCAGCUGGCGGCCGGCGGGCACAGCCGGCUCAUCGUGCUGCACUAUAACCACUCGGGCCGGCUGGCGGGGCGGGGCGGGCCCGAGGAGGGCAGCCCGGGGGUCCUGCGGGCGCUCUUCGUGGCCGUGAGCUGCCUGGUGGUGCUGGAGAACCUCCUGGUGCUGGUGGCCAUCGUGACCCGAAUGCGCUCCCGCCGCUGGGUCUACUACUGCCUGGUCAACAUCACGCUCAGCGACCUGCUCACCGGCGCGGCCUACCUGGCCAACGUCCUCAUGUCGGGGCCCCGCACCUUCCGCCUGGCACCCACGCAGUGGUUCCUGCGGGAGGGCCUGCUCUUCAUGGCGCUGGCCGCCUCCACCUUCAGCCUGCUUUUCACCGCCGGCGAGCGCUUCGCCACCAUGGUGCGCCCGGUGGCCGAGAGCGGGGCCACCAAGCGGGGCCGUGUCUACAGCUUCAUCGGGCUCUGCUGGCUGCUGGCCACGCUGCUGGGCCUGCUGCCCCUGCUGGGCUGGAACUGCGUGUGCGCCUUCCAGCGGUGCUCCAGCCUGCUCCCGCUCUACUCCAAGGCCUACAUCCUCUUCUGCGUGGUGGUCUUCGGUGGCAUCCUGGCCACCAUCAUGGCGCUCUACGGGGCCAUCUUCCGGGUGGUGCGGGCCAACGGGCAGAAGGCCCUGCGCCCCCCGGCCCGCCGCAAGGCCCGCCGGCUGCUCAAAACGGUGCUCAUGAUCCUGCUGGCCUUCGUGGUGUGCUGGGGCCCGCUCUUCGGCCUGCUGCUGGCUGACGUCUUCGGCACCAACGACUGGGCCCAGGAGUACCUGCGGGGCAUGGACUGGAUCCUGGCGCUGGCCGUACUUAACUCUGCCGUCAACCCGCUCAUCUACUCCUUCCGCAGCCGGGAGGUGUGCCAGGCCGUGCUGGGCUUCCUCUGCUGCGGGUGUCUCAGGCUGGGCCUGCGAGGGCCUGGGGACUGCUUGGCCCGGGCCGCCGAGGCCCACUCUGGGGCCUCCACCACCGACAGCUCGCUGAGGCCAAGGGAUAGUUUUCGGGGCUCCCGGUCACUCAGCUUCCGGAUGCGAGAACCUCUGUCAAGCAUCUCCAGCGUUCGGAGCGUCUGAGGCACCCCUGGGGCCAUGGGUCCGGCUGCCACUGUGCGGGGCCUCCCCUGGGCCCAGGCAGGGGUCUGGGGAGUGCGCAGGGAUGCUACAGAGCGCGGAUGGGGAGGGGGGAACAGGGCGGCCGGCCCCCCCAAAGCCCGGAGGUCCUCCCUGCUGACCCCAAGCAGGUUUCCCAUGGGCCCCUGGAGAAGAAGGGGCCUGCUCAUCUGGAGGGAGCGCCCCGGAGCAGGCAGGAAUGGGUUUGCUUGCAUACACCCGCAGUUCCUGCAUGACCCUGGGGAAAGCCCAGCCCCUCUCCGGGUCUCAGUGGGGCUCCCGGGCUGCGUGUGAGGGGCAGCCUGUGGGGUCGAUGUCCUGGCAACAUGGAAGUUCAAUGAUGAUA